UUGACUCGUCGUCGACGACUCCCUGCUAUGUACAGAUUAUGAGCAUAAUUAGUCUGUGUGUAAAGGUUGAGUAAACUACUAUAUGUAAGAGGAGCACGAAGGCGAGGCACACAGCUUGCUAGCGCUUCCAUGUCCACAUAUAGAAAAAGAAUAGGAGUGAACUGAAGCUGCAGGAGUCAUGAUUGGUGGUGGGUCAAGAGCGAGUUGCUGGAUUUGGUUGACAAUAUUGCUGGUGGGAUUGCUGUUGCCGCAGAGCAGCAACGAGCUGAAGCGUGAGCUAUGCCAGGGCGGCGCUGAUGAUUCCCAGGGCUGUGCACAGGUGUCCGACGCUCCAACGGGAGCUAGAAAAACGAAAACGAAACGCUUCAAGUUUCACAAAAUCGAACUGCUUGAUGAUAAAGAUGAUGACAAAGCUGCAGCUGAAGAUGAUGAUGAUGAUGAUGAUGCUGACGACGACGACGACGACGAAGCAGAUGCUGAUGCUGGUGGAGAGCAGCAAGAUGACGAUGACGAUGAUGAUGAUGAUGAUGAUGAGGAGCAGGCAUCAGCUGGCAAGCAACAAGACGGUGAUGAAGACGAUGAGCAGGCUGAAGAUGAAGACGAGGAUGGUGAAGAAGAUGAAGAGGCUGAAACUGAUGACGAUGACGAGCCGCCAAGUUUUCUGAGCAGCAUCUAUGCUGCGCUGCUGGGCAAUCAAACGGAGCAAGCUGCGGCGCCGGAGCAGCCACAGUAUCCCAAUAUUAUUGGCUGGCUGCACUGGCUCAUGGAGCCUGCAGCUGAGGAGCCGCCGCCAAGCAAGAAACAACAGCAAAAGCAAAAACAAAAGGCUGCUAGCAAAGAUGAUGCAGGCAUAGAUUGGAUGAGCUAUCUCAAGCGCUGGCCACUGGACAGUCUGUUCGCCGGCGACAGCGAGGAGCACGAGGAGAAGCCAUCCAAGCAGCGUGAGCGUGAGCGCGAGCGACAGCGCAGCAAAGAGAGCAGCGGCAGCAAACGUGCAGCCAAGAGCAAGAUUCAGCUGGAGGAGCAGCUGGAGCUAUUGAUACACACGCUUCCCGCAUUCAUUGGCCAAUCCUCGCAGGUGCAAAGCGGCGAGUGCCAUCAGCAGCUGGAGCUGCUGCAUCAAGAGCUGCAUGCCCACAAGCUUUGGACGCUGCAGAUGCUGGAUGCCACUGGCAAAAUCGGCGCUGGUCUGCUCCGUGGCAACAUCAAUCAGUUUGGCGACUUUGAUCAAUGCGUGCAGCUGUCCGCGGGCAUCAAGGAUAAGCGCAAGCGGCUCUAUGGCAAGUACUGUCUGGCGCAGAUUGAGCUGCGCUCCAUGGUCAGCACGUUGAAGGAGCCGCUGCAUCUGCUGCAUGGACGCAGCCUCUGGCAUGCGCGUUUGAAUAAUCCCAAACACUUUGCUCCACGCUAUAAUCUCGCCAACUGGGGCAUCUGCCUGCCGCACGCCUGUGGCGCCCAUGUCGUCCACUCCAUCAUUGAGACCAGUCUGCGUCCAUACAACGAUACGGGCAUUGAGUUCUAUGUCGAUGUCCAGGACGAACAGUGCAGCGUCAAGCAGCGCAAAAGCUUCUGGAAGCGACUCUCCAAGGAUAACAAUCUAUCCAUGAGCUGCUUUGUGUUUGGCAGCUUGGCCGCUGCUUGCGUCUUGUCUGUGCUCUACGAGCACUGGAGCUGGAUUAGCGCCAAGCUGCCGCGCAUGUCCAGCAGCGAGGACAAACCCGCCGAGACCGAAGAGCCCGCUGAAGCAAUCGAAGAGCUGCAUGAAGAAGUUGCAGCAACAACCGAAUUCGAAACUCCAUUGGGCUUGCGUGUGUUGAGCGCAUUUUCGCCGCCGCGCAAUUUGCAGCUGCUGCUGUCGCUAGAUGGCGCUGCUGAGCUGGAGUUUCCGCUGCUGCAGCUGCUGCGUCUGCUGAGCAGCUUCAUGCUCUAUUUGAGUCUCAAGUACAUCAUGGCUGGCCACUUGCCCUUCAGCAAUCGCGACGCCUUUGUGGGCACCGUCAAUGGCAACUGGAGUUUGGCCUAUCGGCUGCCGCUGCUCUACAGCGAUGUGCUGCUCCUGCUGAGUGGAUUUCUGCUGGCGCAGCAGCUCAGCCUGGAGCUGCAGCAAAGCGGCAGCAUGAGCUUUCUGCGCCACGUGGCCAAUCGACUAAUGCGCUAUCUGCCCAGUCUGCUAGCCGUGCUCGCCUUUCAAAUGUGGAUUCUGCCCCAACUGGGCAGCGGUCCGCUCUGGCAGCUGCUCGUCGGCGAGAAUGCGCGUCUCUGCGAGCAGCACUGGUGGCGCAAUGCUCUGAGCGCACAGAAUGCAGCGGAUCUGGAGCAAAUGUGCCUGCCGCUGAGCGUGCAGCUCUCGCUGGAUAUGCAGCUCUUCUUUCUGGGCGCACUGGUCGUCUGGCUUUACUACACGGACGCCGAGGCGGGCUUCUUCCUCUGCGGCGCCUUCCAUGUGCUCUCCGUGGCCGCGCGUUUUGCGCGCACGCAAAGGGAGCAUCUGGCUCCAGCGCUAUUCCAUGGCAUACAUGUCAGCAAAUUCUACCGCACCGCCAACUUGAUCUACAUCUCGCCCAUCUGCCGCGCCAGCUGCUAUCUGCUGGGCAUUGGCGCUGGGCUGCUCCAUCGCAGCGAGAACAAGCCCAUGCGCAUUAAUCUGCCGCAGCGCUUUAGGCGCGCUGGCCACGCCCUCGCCGCUUUGGCUCUGGCCUGGUGCUGUUGGCUGCCAGCGACGAGUGUGCGCAACAAGUUUGUCUACAAUGCCGCCGAGGCGGCUGGCUACCUCGCCUGGUGUCCACUGCUCUUGGGCUUGGCGCUUUGCUGGUUUCUGCUGCUGGCCCCGCCGACGCCGCAGUUGCCACCGCUGCUAACGCAGGCGCUGCUGCUGCUCUCUCGUCUGGACAUACCGCUCCAGCUGUCCACCUAUGUCGUCGUGCUCUGGCAGACGGCGAGCGUCAAGGAGCCGCAGCAGUUUCAGUUCAGCGAUCUGCUCAAUCUUCAAGAGCUGCUGGCGAUUUUAGGCUUUGCUCUAGUCCUAGCUUUCCUGGUGCAUGUGCCCGCCCAGCAGCUGGGACAAUUGCUGCUGGAUUAUGUGUUCCGAGAGCGUCCGGCUGCGCCCGCAACUGAGUCCGAGUCCAAGGCUCCCGAGCUGGUGGAACAAAGCGCUGCCGCCACAACAACAUCAGCAGCAGCUUCUGAAGAAGAGGAGGAAGAGGAGGAGGAGGAGGAAGAAGAGGAAGAGUAGUUA